GGUACCAAACUAGCGGGAUGAAAUAAUAUGUGCGCAUGGUUUCCAAUGGCUAUGCUUCAUGUACUUGGGGUCGUGGUGUUUGUUCUUCCUGUCAUUACAUCCAUCUCAACAACUUACAUUUUAGACGAGCAUCUGUCGUGUUCGGCAAACCAGACCACUGCAGAAGUGUUCCAGUGUGAGUCUGUAUGUCUGCCUCCCACCUCAGUGUGUAAUGGUAUCCCAGAAUGCCCUAGCGGUCAAGAUGAAGCAGUUCAGCAAUGCGGUUGUCUCAACAACGAGUUCAGAUGUUCGAACAGCUGUGUUGCUCUCGUCAAGAGAUGUGACCGUCAUGCGGACUGUGAUAAUGAAGAAGACGAGCUAGACUGUAAAUCCUUCAUAUGUCCAAUCACUCACUUCAAAUGCAACAACCACUUCUGCGUGCCCCUACACUCUGUGUGUGAUUUCACCGACGAUUGCGGAGACAAUUCUGAUGAGAUAGAUUGUCCCCAUCGGCCGUGCUGGCAUAUGGAGUUCACUUGUAACAACGGCAAAUGCAUCAGACCCAUGUCACUGUGCGACGGCAGAAACGAUUGUCUUGAUGGUUCCGACGAGGAUGAUUGUACUCCAGAUGCAUUUGUGAGAUGUGGGGAUGGGUCGCUGGUGCACCGCUACCAAUGGUGCGACGACCACUCGGACUGUGAGGACAACCAUGCUGACGAGAUCAACUGCCGGGCCUGCGAUGAGAGGACCGAGUUCAGAUGUUCCAACGGCCGAUGUGUCCGCAAGGCUAACAUCUGUGAUGCUCAAUGUGACUGUGGCCCUGUCAAUAACUCCAGCUACUUUUGUGAGGACGAACGCGACUGUCACCCGUUCUACACCAUCACUGAAGGGGUCACCAUUUGUAAGCUAGGCAAGUCACUCGGAUGCUCAGUUCCCGAAUCUGCUCACACCUCUGCUAAAGAGAGAUGUAUCCGGAAGGAGUUUCUCUGUGAUGGCCACAAUGACUGCUACAAUGGGAAUUUUCUAUCAGAUGAAUUUGGUUGUGAUAUUCCCAACGACGUCCAACAGAUGACUGAAUCGUUCAGAUGCAAAGACAGCCGCACCCUUCCAGAUUACCUGCGCUGCGAUUUCAAGUACGACUGUCUCGACGGCGACGACGAACACGACUGUCCGUUUACCGAGUGUAGAGAGGGAGAGUGGAGCUGUUCUAAUGGUCAGUGCAUCCCCUAUAACUCUUACUGUGACCUCACACUUGACUGUAUGGAUAAGACGGACGAAAUUAACUGCAGCUCGAAGGUAUGCAGGGAAGGCUACGUCAAGUGCCAGGUGGGUGGGCAGUGUCUCGCUCAACAGUUUAACUCCUUGUUUUACAUCCGCAGGCUCGAAGGUAUGCAGGGAAGGCUGCGUCAAGUGCUAGGCUCGAAGGUAUGCAGGGAAGGCUGCGUCAAGUGCCAGGCUCGACGGUAUGCAGGGAAGGCUACGUCAAGUGCUAGGUGGGUGGGCAGUGUCUCGCUCAACAGUUUAACUCCUAGUUUUACAUCCACAGGCUCGAAGGCUCGAAGGUAUGCAGGGAAGGCUGCGUCAAGUGCCAGGUGGGUGGGCAGUGUGUUGCUUAACAGUUUAACUCCUUGUUUUACAUUACCAGGCUCGAAGGUAUGCAGGGAAGGCUACGUCAAGUGCCAGGUGGGUGGGCAGUGUCUCGCUCAACAGUUUUGGUGCGAUUACUUCAUAGACUGUCCGGACGGAUCUGACGAAUCUAAUUGUUCCACCCGGUUGUGUGGCCCGGACCAGUUUACUUGUGACAGUGGGCAAUGUGUGGACGCUAGACUGAGAUGCUACGACAGCGGCUCUCCACGAGACGGCUGUGCUGACGGUUCACACCUCAAACAUUGUCGAGAAUGGGAAUGUGUGGAACAGAAUCAGUUUAAAUGCAGAGGAGGUCCUUGCCUAAACAUAUCCCUGCUGUGUGACCAUGCGAUAGACUGCAAGGGGUCCUGGAACGAUGAGGAUGGCUGCCCAUUUACCUGUUCAGCCAGCACGCCUCAGUGCGAGUGUAGGGAUAUCCACAUCAACUGUACCGACCGCCAUCUUGUCUCCGUCCCCACCGACACUGAGAAGGAGAUCACUUGGUUUCAUCUUGGAAGUAAUCAGCUGAAUGAAACCUUGAACAACGACACUUUUGUGCAAUUUGAAAGAAUUCUAUACUUAGACCUGAGCAACAACAGUCUGAGGGCUCUGCCACCUCUUAUGUUCCGCAACCAAUGGCGACUCUCAGUAUUGGAUCUCCAUGACAACCUCAUUACUUACCUUAGCAAUGGGUCAUUCUACGGACUCGCUAGCCUUAAAGCAUUACAUCUACAAGGAAACAAGCUUCAAGCGAUUCAGGCCUACGCAUUUUAUGGCCUUUACUCUAUAAUAUCUCUUGAUCUACAAGGACAAGAGAUCCAUUCUAUUGAACCUGAAGCUUUCAUAGGACUACACAGCUUAGCUGGCCUAGACCUUUCGCAUAACAAGAUCACUCUACUUUCCCACGGCACACUGCGAGGAAUGCCUUCCCUGCUGUUCCUGAAUCUCAGCGAGAACUGGAUAAAAGAGAUCGAGCCUAAUGUUUUCCGGAGCGUUCCACUGCUGGAUAAAUUAGUGACGGACGAGUUCCGUUUCUGUUGCCUGGCCCGCAAUACCUCCAGCGUGUGUUUGCCGCCUCCAGACGAGUUUAGCUCCUGCGAGGACCUCAUGUCCAACCUGGUCCUCCGCCUAUGUGUCUGGCUCCUGGCCGGCGUCGCCACCGUCGGCAACGUCCUCGUGAUCGUCUGGCGUACCCGGUACUCGCACUGCAACCAGGUGCACUCGUUCCUCAUCACCAACCUAGCCCUGGGGGACCUCAUAAUGGGCUGCUACCUGCUACUGAUAGCUUUGGUAGAUUGGUACUACAGGGGAGUCUACUUCAUACACGACUCUACUUGGAGGUCCAGCAAACUAUGUGCUUUGGCUGGCUUCCUGUCUACAUUCUCCAGUGAACUUUCUGUCUUCACUCUAACAGUUAUCACCCUCGACCGGUUCCUAGUGAUAAUUUUCCCGUUCCGUGUGCGACGUCUGGAGAUGGCCAGAACUCGGCGGUUGAUGGCUCUUGGAUGGUCAAUGGCAGCUGUGUUGUCAGCCCUACCUCUGUCUCACAUUCCUUACUUCCACAACUUCUACGGCAGGUCAGGAGUGUGUCUUGCUCUACAUAUUACCCCAGACAAGCCGAGUGGAUGGGAAUACUCCGUGUUCGUGUUUCUGUUCCUCAACCUCGCCUCUUUCUCAGUGAUCGCCGUCGGAUAUCUAUGGAUGUUUGUCGCAGCCAGGACCACCCAAUUGGCCGUGGCAAGAGAUCGCCGCAGCACAGAGUCGGCGAUGGCUUGGAGGAUGACGUUGCUAGUGGCCACAGACGCUGCAUGUUGGGUCCCCAUCAUAGGACUAGGCCUAGCCUCUCUAGCAGGGUUCACAAUGCCUCCUCAGGUGUUUGCCUGGGUUGCUGUGUUUGUUUUGCCUCUCAACGCAGCCAUCAACCCCGUCCUGUACACUAUAUCUACUGCACCUUUCCUCAGCCAGGGGCGUCGAGGUAUCUUCCGAUCCUGGAAGUCACAGCAAAAUUCAUCCAACAUCCCUACUAGACAGUACAUUUCAGGGUUUGCUGACAGCCCCAAGUCAGACAACAGCACCUGCUACUCUCUCAUCAAGAGAACCUCUGUUAGGUGGCACCAGAAGGUGGACACGGCGGUGUGUGAGCACGGAGAAGUGAUCACGUUGAGUCAGCUGGACUGACCAGGACCUCCAGCUCUUGCACGUAGCAGUCAUCUGUACGACUGACGAGGGCAAGGGCCUACAUAAACUGCAGCAGUACAUGGGACUAUUGGGGCUGACGCUUGAUCAGGAGACUGUCGAUAUACGGUAUAGGCUGGACUGACCAGGACCUCCAGCUCUUGCACGUAGCAGUCAUCUGUACGACUGACGAGGGCAAGGGCCUACAUAAACUGCAGCAGUACAUGGGACUAUUGGGGCUGACGCUUGAUCAGGAGACUGUCGAUAUACGGUAUAGGCUGGACUGACCAGGACCUCCAGCUCUUGCACGUAGCAGUCAUCUGUACGACUGACGAGGGCAAGGGCCUACAUAAACUGCAGCAGUACAUGGGACUAUUGGGGCUGACGCUUGAUCAGGAGACUGUCGAUAUACGGUAUAGGCUGGACUGACCAGGACCUCCAGCUCUUGCACGUAGCAGUCAUCUGUACGACUGACGAGGGCAAGGGCCUACAUAAACUGCAGCAGUACAUGGGACUAAUGGGGCUGACGC